UCACGCCGCCACCUCAGUUAUUUGCGGUCACAAAGGUCGUCGAUAACAGUUACUGUUCUGAUAAAGUUUUUACUACAUAGAUAACUACUAAAAAUUGUUUUCAGUUCACUUACUCUGUUUUCGUCUUUUGGAACGUCCAACAUGAUAGCUUCCUUAUAAAUAUUUCGCACAAUUGUUUAUAUUUUUAAUAGCUAACUUUCUAAAAUUUUACGUUCGCUGACAACGCGUAGUGCGCCGGUUCAAGACCUCGUUCUGGAUCUCUGCCAGCUGUUUCGACGCAGGAUCGUAUUCAAAAAAGUUUAUAACAAGACAGUGACGUAUUAAGAACGGAUUUACUACCAAAUUAUGUUCAUACAGGGAUUGCCACAUUUUUCAGAAGGGAAAGUAAUUAAAGGUUUUGGAAGAGGAUCUAAAGAAUUGGGAAUACCCACAGCAAAUUUUCCUGACGAUGUGGUGAAGGAUUUUCCGAAGGAGUUAGGUACAGGGGUGUAUUUCGGUUUUGCUUCAGUUAAUAACGGACCUGUUUAUAAAAUGGUAAUGAGUGUUGGUUGGAAUCCCUACUAUAAAAACGUGCAGAAGUCUAUGGAAACCCACAUUUUACAUUUAUUUGAGGAAGAUUUUUACGGGAAAACUUUGAAAACCGUUAUUUUGGGUUUUAUACGGGAAAUGAAGGAUUUUAGUUCAUUAGAUGAGUUAAUUGCAGAAAUCAGAAAUGACAUUAAAGUUGCUGAAACGGAACUGGAAAAACCUGAAUAUGUCAAGUUUAUCAAUCAUGAUUUUUUUGCUGAAAAAUGACUUAAACAUACAAUUUUUGACGUUUCCCUAUUCAAUUUACGUACCUAUAUGUAUAUGACAACAGUAUUAGAGUCUGUUAGUUUUUAUUCCACUUUUUACUGUAAUUAACAGAUUAAAUUAUAUACCUAUGUUAAAUUUUCAGUUUGGUUAACUUUGUCAAAGAAUACGUAAAGCAUUUGUAAAAGUACCCAAUAAAGUUUUUUUAUAAUA